AUGGCCUCCAACAAUCCGGGGUCCGCCCACGCGGCCACCCCUCGAGCACUUGCCACCCCGAACCGACGAGCCAUCAGCGCCGAACCAACCUCUGGUCGUCCCUCUGCCUCGGCCAGACGUAACAACAACGUCGCGACGCCCCACGGCCGAGCCGCCAUCCGCGCAAUGAACCAGCGACGCGCCACGCUGUUCACCCCGGGACGAGUCCGGCGCCGCAGCUUGCGCGAACAACGCGAGACGCCGCGGGACCUUCUCCGGAACCUUAGUCGUGUCCUGGCUCCGACCACGCAGCCCGUGUCCUCGUCGUCGUCGUCUCCCGGUCCCCACGCUCGUGGCGAGGACAAUACUACUCUGUCCAUCCUGCCAGAGGACGAUGAGGCCGAUGACGACUUCCCGAUAGAGCGCCCGCGCUUCUCGCUGCCGUUGGGACCGGAGGAGGACGAGGACGAUGACAGUGAUCUCAAGCCACCCCGGCUUAGUGGGCUCGAGGACGAGAACUACACUGCUCAGUCGAUCGAGCUGCCCCGCCGGGCAAGGAGUGAAGGACCUCUGGGGCGAAUAGACCGGAUGAGUAUGGGAAGCGUCAGGUUCAGCGACUAUGCUGGACCAGAAAUACUGAGCGAGGAGGACGUGGGCAUCGACUCGGGCUUCUUCCCACCGCCAGCAUUGGAAGAUACUGGCGACGUAGUCUUUGAUGAGCAGGCCAUGUUCGAGCAUCUGGAUACCGAUGAGACAAGACGCGAGACGGUCGGCCGCGAAAGCGGUUUCCCUGGACUGGAGUUGCCCGAUGCUAGAGACGAGAGCACCUUCAUGAUGGCCCCUAUCGAAUCACCCACGCGAGAUCUAACCACCAUCGAGGGGCUUGAGGAACAAGAUGAGCCCCAACUAGAUGACGACUCGGACGGAAACGAGCCCUUGGGUGCUCCUGAUCUGGAUGACGACUCGGACAGAGACGAGCCCAUGGGUGCUCUCGAGCCGGAUGACCACAACGAGGACAUUGAUGUGACUAUUGAUGUCUCUCGAAUUGCCGAGUUUACUGCUAAAAAAGGCAAGAGAAAGAAGGCGGGCAAGAAGAUAUCCAGACACGGCAUCGAAUACCCCUCCUUGCCCACAAACGUGGUGAAACGUCUGGCAACAACCUUUGCGAAGACAGCUGGGACCAAAGCCAAGAUCACUCCCGAUACUCUGACUUCGAUCAUGCAAGCCACAGACUGGUUCUUUGAACAGCUUGGAGAUGACCUAUCGGCAUACGCGAAACAUGCAGGCCGCAAGACCAUUGAUGAGAGUGAUAUGAUUACUCUCAUGAGAAGACAGCGGCAAACUAGCGCGUCCACGACGCCCUUUGCACUCGCUCAGCGGUAUUUGCCAAGAGAGCUCUUACAAGAGCUUCGCAUGCCCGUUCCAGCUCCAACCAAAGCUCCGCGGAAGAAGUCUAGGCAGGUCGAAGUUGACGGAGAAGAGGAUGUGACUUGA